AUAAAACCAAGCGUUGCGUCAUCGCUAUUUAGUGGAGCUGUAGCAGGUUGUGUGGCGAAAACCACCAUCGCCCCGCUCGAUCGAACUAAGAUUUACUUCCAGGUGUCUUCGACUCGUGGUUAUUCCUUCAAAUCUGCUUUCAAAUUUGUACUUCUAACCUAUCGUGAGCAUGGUUUUUUCGCAUUAUUUCGCGGUAACUCAGCCACCAUGGUGCGCGUUAUGCCUUAUGCUGCUAUUCAAUUUGCUGCUUUCGAACAAUAUCGGCAUUGGCUAAAUGUUGAUAUGGACGGGAAGAGGACUCCGGGACGACGUUGCAUUGUUGGUUCGAUGGCAGGUGCUACAGCUACUUGUGCUACCUACCCAUUAGAUACAGCCAAAGCUCGUUUAUCAAUAUCAACUAAAAAGGAGUAUGCAACACUGAUGUCGGUCUUCGUUAAAACAGCCCGCGAAGGAGGAAUUCUUUCUUUGUAUCGAGGAAUUUGGCCAACAGUUCUAGGUAUGCGUUCUUUUCUAAGCAUUAAAUUAGCUUUUUCUGACUGA